AUGAGUAUACCGAUGCAAGACUUCAUUUUAUUGUGCAGAUACCAAGGAGCUACCUGUGAAUCAACAGAAAUUAAACAAAUACGAGAUGAGGAUUAUGGAGUAUGCUAUACGUUUGAGCCCAAGGUGCCUAUUGCAAAAUUGGCAGGACCUUCCAUGGGACUUGAAUUUAUCCUAAACGUACACCAAGAGGAAUAUAUACCUUUCAUCACAGAUUCGUCUGGUAUACGAGUUGCAAUCCAUAACCGGAAGUAUUCCCCAGACAUUAGAGGAAGUGGAAUAUCCUUAGCAACAUCAGUUGAAACAAGCAUUGCACUAACUCAGAGGUCAUUCGUUCGACAUCCGGGUUCUGAUGGAUCCCGAUGUGACAAAGAGAACAAAUAUUAUGCAAUACUGAUAGUUCAGAGUGCUGCAGUAAGUGUUAGUGCAGAAGACUGUGAUUGCAAAGUACCUUGUCGAGAGGUGACCUACAAUAAAGAAGUUUCUACUACUACAUACCCAGCAGUCAACCAACAAGGGGUUCUAGAACGAAUUCUUAACACAGACAGCGCUUCAUUUGGCACAUUACGGGAAAGUUUGGUGUAUCUCAAGGUGUAUUUGGCUUCAUUAACAGAUGAAUUGACAGAGGAGGAAGUAGCAUAUACAGAAGAAAAUUUUGUCAGUGACAUAGGUGGCCAGCUAGGAUUGUGGGUAGGAAUUUCAGUUCUAAGUAUCGCUGAAGUGAUUGAACUUAUUAUAUUGCUCUGCAUUUGGUGCUUGUCAAGAAAGAAAGACUCAAAAACAGACGUGGAGAACUUUGACAAGAAAAGAAGUAGUAUUGCUAAUGAUUGAUGAAAAAUAGCUACCUAGUAAAUCAUGUAUAUAAAUAAUAAGAACUACAAAUUUGUUAUAUCAAUAUCAAC